UAUCACGGUUUCACACGGUUCACAUGCGCCGUGUACAAGAGCCAUACCAGUUUCUGUUCAACAGAACGUAGUUUUCAUUGUCUUUGCUUGGUAAUCAAAAUACACCUGUCAGUGUCAAAUGUCAUCCUUAAUGUCAGAAAUGACAUGAUAGCAUGGGUGUAUCUUUUGCUGUUAUUAUGAUUUCAUAAUUCAAUUCACGUAAUAAUUGUUAUAUCAUAGUCUAUCCUUUGAAUUAAACCUGCAACAAGGGCGUAGUGGAACGAGCAACACAAUGGGAGACAACCGAAAAAAGAAAAAGUUUUACUUUCGCAAGCGUAGAAACAAAUAUUUCUUAGAACCCGGCUUCAGAGGUUUCUUCUGCACAUGUAAUUUCAGGGAGAAAGAUUGCGUGAAGGAAAUGUACAACUUGUUGAAUGAGUACGCGGGGAAGCUGUAUCCAGAGGAAGAAGUGAGUACCGCCAGACCGGCGUCUGUCGAGCCCGAUGACCAGGCUGACAGUGAAUCUGACUAUGAGACUGAUAUAGGCGACGUGCUUAAGCAAGAGGUGGAAACCAUGCGGAAGGGAUCACAAGGUUCACUUAGGCACAAGCGCUUCCAAGUGGUGGAGACAGGAGCUUCUAACUGUAUCUUUAUAAAAACCAAUCUGCCCAGCCCAGAAGAAUUGACCAAUGCUAUUAUAAAAGAUCUUUCUACUACGAAAGUGCAAAAGACGCGACAUGUUCUACGCCUACUUCCCAUUAUGGCCACAUGCAAAGCGAACCUACCAGAUAUAAUGGAAUGUGCUGGCAAACUUUUGGAUAAAUACUUCUUAAAAGAGCCAUCAACUUUUGCAGUGAUUUUCAACAAAAGAUUCAAUAGCAGCGCAUCCCGAGAUUUAAUCAUAAAGGAGCUUGCUGACUUGAUUGUGCUUAAGAAUCGUGGGAACAAAGCAGAUUUGAAAAAUCCAGGGCUUUGUUUUAUAGUUGAGAUAAUAAAAGGCAUUUGUCUUCUCAGUGUUGUAGACAAUUAUUACUUGUAUAAGAAGUAUAAUCUUCAUGAAAUAUGUAAAGAGGAUACACCAAAUGCUUCAGAAGAGACUCUAGCCAAAAGAUUCAAAGCGGAUGUACCUCCAGCUGAAGAACUUAGUAAAGUCGAAUGAGUGUAUGUCAAAUUCUCUUUAAAAAUGUAUUCCAAAUUCUAGGUUAAGGCAACCUGGGGUCCCAAUACCAAUUCUUGCACCAAAUUUUCUCUAUUUCUUACUCUUUUUAAAUAAAUGGAUGUUUACUAUAUUAUAUGUGUAACUUAAA